AUGAUUGACCACCUGCUCGGUAGACCGUCUACCAGGUUGAAGAGGUUGCAGGUGCUGCUCGUCAUUGCCUUUUGGUCCUGGGUACUCAAAGCUGGUGGACGAGAUGGACCAAAGCGGGUACCGGGAACCUUGUGGUUGUCCAAAUGGGGACGGCGGUGGUCACCCUGGCAGAUUAUUGUAGCGACCCUAACGUCGGUGUACGCCAUUCGACAUCUCGAUGCUCUCUUUGGCUUCGGCGCCCCAGAGCCGCUAGCUAGGAUGUACUCUCGCUCCUUUUACCGGGUCACAUGGAUCGUCACGGCACUAGACGCUGGUUUCGCGACCGCCAUGACCAUCAAGCCUGUGUGGCUGAGAGACAUCGCGAGCAUUCUUUUCUCUCUGUACUACAUUGUGUAUGCCAACGAGGCCGACGAGAAGCUGAGGAAGUUCAGAGCUUUCUGUACCAUCGAGAUGAUUCGCGCAACCUGGCACAAAACUACUAAUCCAUACAUCCGAGCCUUCACGGUCGUCCAUCGACCGAGCCUGGGCAUCGCGAGACCACUGUUACUGCCCAGACCCGCCCUUGGCGCGCAUGCAAAAAGGCCCACUCGUGCGUGGCUCUUUUACGCCGGGACAGAGAAGGAGUUGCGCGAAGAGGAAGAGCUCUUGCUCGACUUUCCCGGUGGCGGAUUUGUGUGCAUGGACCCGCGCCAUCACGAGGAGAGAUUGCGACAAAUGGCCAAAGAAGGCCAGCGGCCCGUUCUGUCGGUAGAUUAUUGCAAAGCGCCGGAAUUUCCAUUUCCCUACGCUCUAGAGGAAUGCUAUGACCUCUACCGCACGCUGCACGAGUCAGGCGGUAGUGUGAUCGGCAUGUCGGGCGCCUCCCAAUUUCGAAUCGUGUUGACUGGUGAUUCUGCUGGUGCUAAUCUGGCGGUGGCCACCCUAUUCAAGGUGCUUGAGUACCCGCAGCCCCACAUUCAAAGUGCUUUCGCAACCAAAGCGGCAGGCGGCCCAGGGAGCAAGCCUCCUGCCCUGCCGAAACCUCUGGCGAUGGUACUUGCAUAUCCCAGUCUCAACUUUGGCUUUUCCAGCUGGAUGAAACCCGACCACAUUAGGGUGCUCCGGCAGCAGAGUGAGGUCAACCUCGAGUCUAUAGCAGGCGACUCUGUCCAUGCCGUGAAGAGUAAGGGGUCGCCACUCAAUCCAGCACGAUCUCGAUCACGCUCACGACGAGGUAGCCAAAGCUCAACCUCGGUGCGACGGCCUUCUUCGAACAUGCACCUGGAUGAAGCCAAGGGUCGUCACGAGAACGCUGGCUCGCGCAAGGGCGGCAAAGGCAAGGAAAAGCCCUCUGUGCCCUCAAGAUAUGAGUCUCUAGCUUCUCAAGCAGAGCUGCAUCUAGCAGAGCGGGCCUCGUUCACCGCGGCUGAACCGCAAAGUGACGAUGGCGAUAUGUCGCCCCACCAGCCUGGCGGAACGGUCUCUGGCGACUGGGACAAAGACUUGUGGAUGCGAAGGCACCCGAGCGAUCUCGAAGCUGACGCAGCAGCGGAGGCGGAAAGAGCUGCGAUCGUUGCAGCCGAAGAGCAGCAGCGGAUUCUAGAAGCUGCUGCCUCCAAAGCUGAUCAAGAGAUGAGCGACCGACAAAAGACGUCGAGGGUGAAUACUCGCCUGACGAUGAGUUCCAUGGCAGGCUACUUUCAAGAUCGUAUCUUGACGCAGUCGAUGAUGAGAGCAAUGGCGAUUCUUUACGUCGGCCCGAGGCGCCAGCCCGACUUUGAUCACGACUAUUUCUUAUCCCCAAUCGUCGCCCCGGCACGACUUCUCGCGGAGUUUCCACCCUGUCUCUUCGUGUGCGGAGAAAAGGACCCAAUCUGCGACGACACUGUUGUGAUGGCUGGUCGCAUUAGAGAGGCCAAGCUGGCGAAGCAAGCGGAACUGAAGCGUCGCAGGGCUGGCGCUUCUGCAAGAUUCGGAGAACAGCUUCGCAUGUCGCUUGGCGGGUCUUCUCACGUGCAGCAUGAUCCUAUUGAAGACGAGACCGUAGAGGAUUGGGUUCAGAUGCGCAUCAUCGAGGGCUAUUCACAUGGUUUCUUGCAGAUGUCGAGCUUGCUUCCGGAGGCGAAACAGAUAAUCACCUUCAUUGGCCUGUGGAUCACUGAAAGCUUCGACGACCGCAAUGACGAGCUCGACGCGAUAGCUGCAAAGCAGCAAGUGUCCGCAACCCAGAGUGCUCAUGGAGAGCACGGGCUGCAAGCGGUGUCCAGCGCUGCGAAAACCAUUCCGUUGCAGCUAUCAGCAUCUGCCGCUCAGGGUGAUGACGAUGAUGACGACGAGCCUCUUAGCUUCACCCCUCGCUCAAUGCGAUCCCCUACUACGAGCACUGCCGAACUGCCUCCUACGAGCCCUUCGCAGACAUCUGCACCGACCCUUGUCGCCAGAGGACAGCCUUCUCCCAGCGCCACUGGGGCGAGCGAAAAGCUCCGACCACCCGCUGUCGCUGCGCUUGCUCGCAAUCAUCGACCAUCGUCGUUCAGCGGCACCAACACGGCGGACAGGCCCAAGCAAGUAUCGGACCUGGCGGCUGCCCAAGCGGAGGAAGCCGACUCUCCAGCCAGCCGCAGGCGACUCUCGGAUUCCAGCAGCUCCCUGGUCGCUUCCCGCAGAGCGGCACGCGAAGCCGCAGGUACCGCUUUGGGGUCACGAAGGUACAGCAAAGAGCCGAAUGGUGCAGGAGGUGGUCCUUCUAGCGCGCUGUUGGAUGAGAAGUACCAAGCUAUGCUUGUCAAGGAGAGCAGCUUGUUGCAGCGUCGACGCGAGGACGCCUUGGCCAGCAUGACUCAAGGUGACGCUGCAAUCGAGAAUUCGGCGGUCAUCUCGAGCGACGAGGAGUCGGAGGAAGACGAACAGGAAGCAUCAAGGGGCAGAACUUAG